AUGCUGUCGCCGUCGACUUAUGCCCUGUCGAGGCAGGCUCCUCCAGUACGGCCCUCUCGAUCCCUCGAGGGACUAGAGAAAGUUGUCCCCCCAGGUGCUCUUUCGCCUUCUCGUUCACGCCUGCAUCUGGAUAAACCCCUCCCCGAACUACCUCCAAAUGAUUCCUCAACCGGCGAGAUCCACUUCAUGGCUGGGUCUACGGCGUGGAGCGACGACAGCAGUACCGUCAACAGCGUCGAAGACCAUGAUGACGAUGAUGAGAGGGACCAUCGCCAGUCCAGCGUUUCCACAGAGAGCUACCCCGUGUUUGUCCGGUCCGAGUCGGAUGAUCUAGCGGAUUUUGUCGAUCACCCUUCCGUCUCCACGAUCGACCGUACGCAAUCUGUAGAGCCUUAUGAUAAACCAGCAACAUCGUCCUUGGCUUACACGUCUUUUCUGGCGGAAGACCGAUAUUCUCCCCCGCCACACUGGGUUCCAACUAGUUGCACCGGCCCGAAUCACUACUUUCGCGAGAAGAAAUGGGAUUUCUUUCCCGAGCUGGCCACUCCUUCAGCCCUACCCCAGAACUCGCCCCACAGUCUUCCACCAAGGCCGCGGAAGAAGGAUGGCAUGCGCUCGCGAUGGAUAUCGACCGACAAGGGCGCCGCUCUGGCGAACGAUGUGCGCAACUCGAUCCGCUCACUUGUUCAACGACGACUAUCCCGAAACUCCAUCGACAAGGAAAAGCCGAAGCGGAAUACCCGGCCCACCACCUCUCCGGAGUACACACGAGAGCAUACUCCGCCCCAGCGGAUAACUCCAACGACCAGCGACUGGUCCGAUUAUGGAAGUACCGCUGUUCCACAGAGCCCAACAUACUCGUUCAAGAACUCGACGCAUCUUUCCAUCUCGCCAACCGGUUCAUCGCUCUCGGACGAGUCCUUGAGAUUGCAGCAGCCUCUGUCCCCGCGAAGGAAGCAGCUAGCGGUUCCGAUCUCUCCAUACCAGAAAUACGGAGCCGCCAUAUGGGACAAAUCUGGCAAGGAGAAGCGUAUCAGCUACCGGCAGAGCCAACGGGUGCGCUUCCCGAAAUAUCGAAAGUCUCCGGUCAAGCAAGGGUGCGUAACAUCUGCGACGCCGCCAUUGAGUCCUGCAGGCCGUACGCCGUUUCAGCAAGGCACUCGCCACUGCGUCCGGGCGUUGCAGGACGGAACGAGCCACGUGCUCGUUGCCAUUGACAACACGCGAAAGAAGAUGGCCGGGGCGAAAAUUGAUCGACAACGUUCACAGUUGAAGUCGAAGAUUCGUUUAGUUGGGCCUGUCAAUCCGUACACUUCUUACAAGGAUGACCCAUGGGUGUGA